AUGGAUGAUGAUGAGGGUGUUCACUACUACAGCAGCAGCAGCAGCGAUGGAAAUGAUUUCAUGAUCAGCCGCAUUGGGAGGCGGAGGAGCAGCCGGCGCCAGCCACCGGACGACCUGUUCUCGGGGCCCGGAUUCAACGUGCAGAGGGGCCGCAGGAUGCGUAGGUCCAGGCGUGAGAGCCUCCACAACCUCACUCUUCCGCUCGGCCACCUCACUCCGCCGCCGCCGCCGCCUUCCGCCCCACGUUUGAUGGAUCUUUCGAAACUCUGUUACCUUUUCAACAAGCAGCUCAAGAACAGUGACGUGAGUAGCCUCAGAAGAAUGGUCCUCCCAAAGAAAGAUGCCGAGACUCAUCUCCCUGUUCUUGAGACAAAGGAAGGGAUCUCUAUCUACAUGCUCGAUAUGGAUGGAGUUCACGAUUGGUGGUUCAAGUACAGAUACUGGCCAAAUAACAGCAGCAGGAUGUACGUCCUCGAGUCCACUGGGGGAUUUGUCAACGCUCACCACUUAGUAACUGGUGAUUACAUUCUCGUCUACCAAAACUCUGAUGAUGGACGAUACAUUAUUGAAGCAAAGAAGAAGGUAGAAUAUGAAGCUUCGAGGGCCUUCAACGAACAUCUCGCAAUAAACGAGUCAACAGCCGACUCCCAAUUCCCUCCAAUUCCUGAUCAAGAAAAUUUAUAUGAAUACGAGUACGAGUACAACGCUGCAUUCAUGGAUGACUCGCCCCUCGAUUAUGUUGGCGAUUCGAUAAACUUGCCAAGGUUUGGACCCGAGAUAAAUUUUGAAUCUAUGGGAGAUUAUGAUAAUAAAGACUUGCUGUGA